UAGAGAAUCAGGCAUUUCUUCAGUUCCUCCUCCUCGCACAAGGCUUUGUUUGGCGUGUGUGGGGAACAGUUAAAAACAACAAAUCUCGAACAAUUAGAAGUCUCCUUCUUGCUUGGCGUCUUAUCUUUCAGUUUAGCCGUGGAAACAAUAAGAGGAAUGGGAGGCUCACGGCUGUUGCUCACGGGAAUGCUAGUCAUCGCAGCUUGCUCUCAAUAUCUCUGUGCAUUAAGCAGUUGCAGUGAAGAGGUGGCUCGUUUGCGGGAACAGGAGACACUUCUGAGGGGCCAGCUUCAGAGACAAGAGCUCCUCCUACACAUACUGCAACUGCCGAGCCAAGCGGGAAAAGAGGUAACAGCUGGACCUGACCAGAGCCAGAACACCGAGUCCACAGACUGCUCUGAGAUCUUCAGUUCUGGCUCAAAAUCAAGCGAUUUCUACACAAUCAAACCCCAUGGCAGCCCUCACCCAGUCAGAGUGUACUGUGAUAUGAGUGAUGGAGGUGGGUGGAUCGUACUUCAGAGACGGAUUGAUGGGAGGGAGAGGUUUAACAGGUCGUGGGUAGAGUAUAAAGAUGGUUUUGGAGACAUGGCCGCUGAGUUUUGGCUCGGAAAUGACAACCUGCAUUACAUCACCACACAAGGGAACUUUUCUCUGCGGAUUAACCUGGAAGACUUUGGUGGUUACCAGGGAUAUGCCGAGUAUAAGAACUUCAAAGUGGCAAAUGAAAAGGAUCACUACCGACUGACCUUUGGAACCUACGUAGGUACAGUUGGAGAUGCUCUGUCUGGAAGAUAUCAGGUUGGUGUGACAGAGUGGGCCAGUCACCAGGGCGUCCAAUUCAGCACCUACGAUAAGGACAACGACAACUACAAAGGAAACUGCGCGCAGGAAGACAAAGGAGGCUGGUGGUUCAACAAGUGUCACUCAGCCCACCUUAAUGGCAUGUACUACUCCAAUGGGUUCUACAAUGGGUUGACGGAUGAUGGUGUGGUUUGGUACCCAUGGAGAGGAUGGUGGUACUCCCUGAAGACGAGUGUCAUGAAGCUGCGACCUACCAACUACAAAAUUGAUCCCAUCAAUGACUCCAACGCUGUUCCUCAGAGACCAUCUUCCUAGAUCACACAAGAGGGGUUAAACCAGUCGUAGCUUCACUAUUUUGGUCUGAAACAGUUGGGAAAACGCAUCCCCUAUAACAUUUUGACGAAGCUCUCCGUGCAGUGUGAUGAACUAGAAUCUAGGUCCAACGUACUGGGCAGACUGCUUUUACAUGUGAUACACUUGCCUACUAAAUGAUGAAUGUCUAGGUCUACGAUGUACUACAUUUAAUAGGCACUUGUUUCACAUGUAAACUUAUUAUAAUUAUUAAAAAUAAGGAUCUUUGGUGUCAUUUUAUGAACUUAAUAAGAAGUCGGCCAAUAUUAAUCUUCACCUGCAUUAAGGUCGUUUCCAGGUAUAACACUUCAAAUAGGUCAUCUUAAUGGAAUUUUAGGAUCCACUUCAAAAUUGGCCAGGGACAUCUUAAGAGCUUUGUGAUAAAAAAUAUAGUAAAAGCUUUAUGUUUCAUGGAAUGGCAUAGUGGCCAUUUUGCUGUCAUUAACCAUCAAAUCUGUUCCGAACUUGCCAUGCUUGAUGACAUGAGAUGUCAACAAGCCAAUCUUCAAUCAUAGUCAUGGUGCCAUCGACUGGCAACAGGAAGUCAGCGUUAUCUAGCAAACUGCAUCCACAUUACGUGACAUUUACAUUAUGUUUUCUACACUUGAUAUAGAGCAACAUAGUGGAUAAAGGAAGUGGUGGAAUAUUUGUAAUUCAUCAUUUUCAGCAUCACACAUUACAUGCAUGAAAAAAAACUUCCAACUCAUACACAAGGUGUCUGAUAGUCACAGAGAUUCACAACCGCGUCAACGACUGUCCCGCCAGUGUCUUUGAUUAUUGCUAUAUCAGUUGCUGUGAAAUCAUGUUUCAAAUUCUAAAAACGCAUUAAAAUAUAACUCUAACUUCUCAGAAACGCUUCCUGUGCCAUUUGAUUGUGUAAAGGUGGAGUAAAUGUAACCAAGACUAACCAAAGAUUAAAUCGCCCACCUUUCUAAGGCUGAUUGAAAUGGUACACUUUCAAAAUAUAAUGCAAUCUUUAAAGACUUUAGCAGCUCAUACAGCAAUGUACUUGCAAAAGGAGUCGUGAAUCCUUUGGCCUAGUUUAGAUACAUGAGGAAGUUAUAACUUACUACAUGUAUAGCACGUUGCUUAAUGUUAUGGUGGAGAAAAGAGAAAUCUGAAUCAAGCAUGUGUGUGCCAGACACAACUGGAAUAAUUAGACUAAGGAAGCUCUUGUAUCAAAAGAAUGUAACAUAACAUGAAUGCAAUAAAAAAGGUGCACAAUGA